CCAAUUAUCAUAUGGAGUCUCCUAUUUGGCCGGAGAGUUUACCGAUUAACCGGAAAAAGGCUAUUCAAGAACUCACCCAAGGCCAAGAAUGGACCGAUAAGCUUCGGGAAAUCCUUCAACAGUCGGAAAACAUCGAGUCCGACUCCGCAUCACUCGACGGUGUAGUGGAUCGAAUCUUGGGGAUGUUCGACAACACCCUCUCGAUCAUGGGCUCUCGUACUUCCAACGAGCCUCUUCAGUUUCUGACCAAUUAUUUACAAACUAGUUAUAGUUUUGAUGAGCAGAAAUCAAAAACAAGUGAUUUGCAAUCCUUGUGUAGUUUGGAAUUGGAUGAGCGGAAAUUAAGAAAGUCUGACGAGACGUUUUCGCUCCAAACGAGUUAUCUGGAAUCCCCACGUAGUUCAGACGAGAACAAAUCAAAAAAGUAUGACGAGACUUCAAGAAUGGUAAUACCUGUGAAAAUGAAAAGGGGAUGUCAUAAAAGAAAAACCUCGUGGGCAUCUACACAAAUAACUUCAAUUUUGACCGACGAUGGUCAUGCAUGGAGAAAAUAUGGUCAAAAGAAGAUUCUCGAGUCAAAACAUGAAAGAAGCUAUUAUCGGUGCACCUACAAGCAUGACCAAGGGUGUCUAGCAACCAAACAAGUUCAAAAGAUGGAAGAUGAGCCACCGGUAUAUAAAAUAACGUACAUGAGAAGCCAUACUUGUAAAAAUCUACAACGAGCACCGCAAAUCAUUUUGGACUCUGUGGAUCCUAGAGAUACCUCAAUCCUUCUUAACUUUAAGGCGAAGGAGCUCACGGGAAACAAACAAGUUAACCACUUUUUCCAACCCAUGAAACAUGAACCCAAUGAAGGUUCUCCUUCCUUAGGUAAUCAGAGAGACAACCAAUCUACACCUUCCGAUGAUUGUCUUUUAUGGGAUCUGAUUAUGAAAGUUCCACAAGUUCCAUUAGAAUCAGUAUCUAUGUCGGUAGGGUUAGAUCAUGAGAUAUAUUUGUGGUCGGAGCAUGGGGACAUGACAUCCUCAUAUUCAUCUAUGGCUAGUACCGAACGGCAUGAGAUGGAUUAUAUGUUUGAAAGUAAUGAUUUCAAAGAUUUUUCCUUUUGAGUUUUGCAAUGUAUUUAUGAUAAUGUAAAGAAUGCAGAAUUGUUUUGUGAACUACGUUCUAAAGUUGGUCAAA